AUGGCAAACCCAGCUUGGAGACCUCUCCCCACUCCUCCCACAACUCCUCCCCUCAACUAUGCUGUCGCGGCAUCAGACCGCGAGCGCGAACGAUUAUACCCCAAUCAUCAUCCCCACCUCAAUUAUGACCAGCCUCCUACCACCUUGCGUGGAGGAACCCUCCUUCACAAAGGCUUUUACGAUCUGCUCGCCUUUAUUCCGACCCCAUCGCCCUCGCGCUUGCUCUGGGGCGCAGAGCCGAGGGCUCAAGGCGUGGCUGGGCCGAGAUACGAGGAUCUGCCCUCCCGUAACGAUCCACCUCCGAGGCCUCCUGCAUCUGUCAUCACGCCCCCGACCAGUCCCGCGCUCCCAAAGAAGGCCAGGAGGAUCAGCAAGGACAUGGUUUCCAAGCCUAUGGGCUUCGUCCACUUAGUGCAUGCAUCGGACGCCGAUCAGGCCGAGGCUCUUCUCACUCGCUGGGGUCCGGAUGGUCUGGGAAAGUUAGGAGAUCCACGCUGGGCCAAUCCCAUCAAGGACAGAGUACGAGAGAAUAAUCAGGCUCGUGCCGUCAACGAGGUCGUCAACGCCCUCAAGCCCUCGCAGGGCAGUAAGACUGAGAACGGCAAUUCGCCUCUCCGAGUCGUCAACGGCAUCAGCACGCCCACGACAUCGUCGGUGAUGACUACCGCUGCGCGAGAGAACGUCCGAAUCUCUCCCAUUGAUGGUCUCCCAGGCCGCCCAGGAAAUUCUACUAUUCGAUGGGGCGGCGGACUGUCCGCUCACCCAGAGUUGGCCCACGAGGAUGACCCGGCCGCAGUCAGUCACGCUCCUGUCUCUGCACCCCCGCCUAGGACCAUCAACCCGUCCCUGGCCACGCUGGAGAAAGCGGUGUCUACCAGAAUAUAUUUUGAAAACCUUUAUUUCCCCCUCUUCCGCCACCCGCCUUCUCGAGAACAAAGAAGGCUUGCCAUGGAGCGGGACAUGCUGAGCAUGGGCUUCUCAGAAGAUCGAAAAGAGGAGCUUCGCCGUCGCUGGAUCCAGAAUGAAACAGAUUACCUCCGCGAGAAGAGACGCAAGGUCGACGUCAGCGCGUUCAUCAAGUUGAAGACGAUUGGACACGGCGCCUUUGGUGUCGUUUCACUCGUGAAGGAGCGAUCUACUGGCCAACUUUACGCGAUGAAACAGUUGCGUAAGACCGAUAUGCUUCGCAAGGGACAGGAAGGUCACGUACGGGCAGAACGCGACGUUCUCAAGUCUGCGUCCCUAGUCAGCUCUCCGGGGGGAGCAGAGUGGAUCGUCAGGAUGCAUUACAGCUUCCAGGAUCGCGAUAAUCUUUAUCUGGUACUUGAGUAUAUGGGCGGCGGAGACCUUCUCAAUCUACUGAUCGAGCGGGAUGUCUUUCCGGAAGAUUUCACCCGUUUCUACGUCGCGGAGAUGGUUCUGGCGAUUGAGUCUUGUCACAAGCAUGGGUUCAUCCAUCGUGAUAUCAAACCAGACAAUUUUUUGUUCGAUCCUGAGGGCCAUAUCAGGCUGAGCGAUUUUGGACUUGCGACGGAUCUUCACUGGGCACAUGAUACUUCUUAUUAUGAACAACAGAGGCUCCACCUGCUGCGCAAGCACGGUAUCGAUCUAGAAGAUAGCACACUAGGAGAUGGAACGCGUACUAAGCGGUUGGACCGCAAAGACUUCGAUUUGCUUAUGAAGGGCAGUGGUAAUGGCGGUAUCUUUACCUGGAGAGAAAAGAACCGCAGAAAGCUCGCCUACUCCGUGUGUGGUACCAAUUCCUACAUGUCUCCUGAAGUUAUUCGGGGGCAAGGCUAUUCCUAUUCGUGCGACUGGUGGAGUCUAGGUGUCAUCAUGUUCGAGUGUCUGUACGGCUUUCCACCGUUCGUCAGCAAUUCGCGCCACGUAACCAGACAGAAGAUCUUGAACUGGAAACAGUCCCUCCGCUUUCCCUCUCGGCCGCGCGUUUCCCAUGAAGCUGUUGACCUCAUGCAACAGCUCUUGUGCGAGCCCGAAGAUCGCCUGGGCUUUCAAGCCUCACUCGCCGUCACUCGACCCAACUCAACGAUCGUGCAAACGCGACGGAGCGGCCUCAUGGGGGUCUCCGGCUCUGCUGAUGGAGCCGAACUGAUCAAAGCGCACCCGUGGUUCCGCGGCAUUGACUGGGCAAAUAUGCACCGUUAUACUGCACCGUAUCGCCCGGACCUGCGUAAUCCCGCAGACACGAAGCAUUUCGACGACGACAUCCCUGCAGAGCCGCUCGCACCCGCCAACGGAGCUCCGCCGGACGCCACCCGAGAUCCGCUGUUGCGUGACAAAGUGCACGGGGCACAAAUUAUGGACGUGCGCAAGGCACUUGCUUUUGCAGGGUUUACGCACAAGAGCCCGCGCGCUGUCAGUUACGUGCGUGCGGACAAGGCGUUCAACCCUGAGCCUGAUUCUUACGGCGCGGAGGAAGAACCUGAACGCGGACGCUCGACGGUACGCGGGAGCCGCGAAGUUGGGCAGGGACGUGCCAUUUCGAUGUGAUCUUCUAUUGGCAAGUGGACGACCGGCUUCGAAGACGAAUUGUGAUGACAUCUUAUGACGACAGUCCGAAGGAACAGGAACCUGAGGAGUGUGUUGUUAACGCGUGUACGAGUUGUUAGUCGGGUGCAGUCUUUCGGACGCACACACAGAAGUGCCCUGUAUUCUUGCUGCUCCCAUUAUGGUUGUUCGCCUGCUGUUUUCUUGAUUCACCGGGUUCACUUCUUGAGACGCUUUUAAUAUUUUAUAUCUAUAGGACUUAUCCCAUUUAAGCGAUACCAUUUAUUCGAUGCUUUCCUCGACUUGGCCUGUACGGCUCAAGUGUCCUAUUUUUCUAUUGAUUUACCAGAUCAUACCGGUUCCGUCUUAUUCUUUGGGAUUUACAUCCACUCAUAACUGCGGAGAACUCGCUCCUCGAUCAUUUUGGGGGCAUUGGAGCAC